AUGCCGCCCCACGCGGACGUCGAGUCCCACGUGGCGCGCAUCCUCAACGCGCCACCCAACGCCCCUCACGUCGUCUUCGACCUGCCGAGGGGCUCCGGGGUGGAUGCGUUCAGAUCGAGGUACAAGGAGCUCGCGAGGACGCUUCACCCCGACAAGGCCAGGUGCGACGCCGCGGAGGAUGCCUUCAAGAUCGUCACCGAAGCGUUCAGACAGGUGACGCAGGGCGGGGUUGACCGGAACGCGGGCGUCGCGGAUGCGGGAGGGUUCAGAUCGGGCAGGAAGCCCUUCUGGAGCGUGGACGCGAGCGCGACGGCGUCGGCGGCACCGGCGGCGCCCAAGUGGUCCGCCGCGCCGGAGGACGCGUCUACGAGGUCGCGAUGGGGCGGCGGCGGAGUAUCGGGCGCGCCGACCGCAUCCAAGACCUCGAAGACCCACCCGCGAGCGUCCACCCGGUGGGAUCGAUGGGACCACGGGUUCGACGUCGUCGUCGAGGAGGAGGAGGAGGAGGAGGAGAUUGACGAGCACGCCAAAGCCGCGCAGGAGGAGGACGCCGCUUGGUUCAGCACCUGGGGCGCGUCCAUAUACGGCGACGACGAGCGGACCGGAACCGGGCCCAAACCCGCGCGGUGGUCCGAGGGCGGCGGCUUCGGCGGAGGCGGAGGCGGAGGCGGAGGAGGAGGAGGAGGAGGAGGGGGAGGCAGCGGGGGCUCGAGGGGCCAGCGCUCGUCGGGCGGAUCCUUCGACAAGUGGAGCGCGCCGGAGCUCGAACCCGCGAAUCGGAGGAGGGCGACGCGCGUGCGGGGCGGGAUCGGGAUCGGAUCGAGACGAAAGUUCCCGCGGGAGGACCACUGGAGGAACAAUCGGAGCGAGAGCGACGACGACGAGGACGACGGGGAUCUCGACGAAGCCUUCGUCGUGGCCGACGGCGCGCCGCACGCCGACGGCGACCUCGAGGACGAGCCCCGCGUCGGCUGGGCGGACGACGACGGGGUGGCCACCGCGCGGGACUGGCUCACCGGCGGCGACACAGCUGGCAGCGGCCGGUACUGGUCGGAUCCGCCGGCGACGGGCGGGGGUCGCGGGGGGGGCUGGGGUCGGGUCGCCGGCGCGACCGUUUCGGUUGCCGGCGCGACCGUUUCGGUCGCCGGCGCGACCGUUCGGGGCGUGCGCCGCGUCACCGCCGCGUCACCGCACGUCGCGAUCGUGGACGAGGAGGACGACGGGGAAGAUGGCGGGGAGGACGUCGAGCGUCGAAUCGCGGGAGCGGGCCCCGGCGGCGACGAAGGCCGAGCGGCCGAGGGUAAGGGUAAGGGUAAGACCCGGUCGUACCCGUGGCGUCGUCGUCGGAGGAAGGGUAAGGGGAAGGUGGUGACGGCUGGGGACGGGCAGGAGAACGCCGGGGCGAACAGGGACCCGUCGACCGCGGCGGCGGCGGCGAGGAAGCGGCCGAGGAUAACGCUGGACGAGCCGAGGAUACCGCACACACGUUUGCCGAAGAAGGCGUUCACGCAGGCCACCCUGGCGUUCAGCUGA